UUCAUGGUUAGCAGUGCAUCCGAACGUGCCGUGAAGGUGAUAGAGCAACACCGUAGACUGGUUCUAAGUGAAGAGUCCUGGAAUCUGGUUAUGGAUGCUAUAAGCAAUCCUCCGGCACCGAACGACAAGCUGAAACGAGCUGCCAAUCGUCUGAAAAGCAUGGAGUAA